CAUGCCCCCCCCCCCCCAAGAGGGGACAGGAAAGGGAGGGGAGGGGGGCUUCAUCUCGUAGGUGGGAGAAGGUUGCACCUUUCCCAUAAGACACAAGGCGGUGGAUGUGGCUGUGAUCGUCUCAGCAUCCUUCGUCAGCUGGGGCUCCGGUCUCCCUGGAUACGCAGCAUCCCUCGCGCACACACACACACGCCGCAAGCCCUGCCUGGGGUAAAUCUGGAGGGCAGGAUGUCUGGUGUCAGCCCCGUCUCCCGGAUUCUCUCCUCUCUGCUUCUCCUGGCUACCGUACAAGGACUGCCCCUGCUGGAUGAGGAGGGUACAAAUAUCCCAGAACUGCUCCACACCCCCUCCAUGGGGCGCUCGGACCCCGUCUCCCUGGAGCAGCUGGUGCAUCAGGCUGUGAUGAAGAAAGAUUUCCUGGGCCAGGAGAGCUUCUUCGAAGUUGGCACAACCUCCAUCCCCACCCUGGGAGCCCCCAUGUCCCUGACCGACGACCUGGCUCCGGCUGGGGUCAGCGAGACCUCCGGGGUCCUCACCACAGCCAUUGGUGGAGCUUUCUCCCUGCCGCCACCUCUCAGUACCCUGACCCCUCCAUCGCCGGCACCCACAGGAGGUACGGGACCCUCCGCCGAGGGGGAGGAAGAGACCACCACCACCCUGAUCACCACCACCACCGUCACCACGGUGCACAGCCCAGUUCUGUGUAACAACAACAUUUCAGAGUUGGAGGGAAUCCUCGAGGCUCCGGAAUACUCUGGUGGAAGUUUCUUCGGUGGGCUGGACUGUACGUACAGCGUGUCGGUGUACCUGGGUUACGGAGUGGAGAUUCGGGUGGAGAAGCUGAACUUGUCCAAAGAGGAAGCUCUGAGCAUCGAGGGUGUGGAAGAAGACCGCCGCUUCCUGCUGGCCAACGAGACCCUGAUGGCCGAGGGUCAGGUGAUCCGCAGCCCAACCAAUCACAUCGCAGUGCGUUUUCAAACCUUUCGCUCCACCGGUCUCGUGGCCUUCAAACUCCGCUACCAAGCCUACGUCUUGAGCUGCGUCUUCCCUCCGCGACCGGAUAACGGAGAAGUGACCGUCACGGACCUCCACCCCGGAGGGGCCGCUAACUUCCACUGUGCCCCCGGGUUCACGCUGAAGGGUGUAGACUCCCUGGUCUGCCUGAACAUUACCCGUCCGCAGUGGAGUGGCAAGCCGCCAGUAUGUACAGCGACCUGCGGAGGAGUGAUACGUAACGCCACCAUUGGACGCAUCGUGGCCCCCGACGUCACCGCAAUCCACAGCAACAACCUGAGCUGCCAUUGGCUGAUUGAGGCAUCCGAGGGUCAGCGGCUGCACCUGCACUUCGAGAGGGUCUCUUUGGAUGAGGACAAUGACAGGUUACAGGGCCCCACAUCAAUGACUGUGCCCCGGGGCAGCUGCCCCUUUUGCCCCGCCUUAAAGACAGCCUACGGCCUGCUGAGCGACGCCCAAUCUCUCUACAUCGAGCUGGUCUCGGAGAACCCAACGGCGCCUCUUCUGCUCAGCCUGCGCUAUGAAGUAUUUUCUGAGACGCGGUGUUAUGAGCCCUUCUUGGCCCACGGGAAUUUCAGCACCACGGACCCCCUCUUCUCUGUGGGGACUCUGGUGUCCUUCUCCUGUAAUGCGGGGUACAUGCUCGAACAAGGACCACCAGUCAUAGAAUGCGUGGACCCCGCUGAUCCCCACUGGAACGAGAGUGAACCGGUCUGCAAAGCUCUGUGCGGGGGGGAAAUCUCCGAGCCGGCUGGGGUGAUCCUUUCUCCGGAUUGGCCGCAGAAUUACGCCAAGGGCCAGGACUGCGUGUGGGGGAUCCACGUCCAGGAGGAUCGCCGGGUGCUGCUGGAGAUAGAAAUCCUGAACAUCCGACGGAGCGACGCCCUGACCGUAUACGAUGGCGAUGACCUCACAGCGCGGGUCUUGGGACAGUACAUGGGGGUCCAUCAACGCUUCAACCUCUUCUCCUCUGCCAACGACGUGACCAUCCAGUUCCAGUCCGACCCCAACGACCCGGUGUUCAGCCUGAGCCAAGGCUUCAUCAUCCACUUCAAAGAGGUGCCCCGGAACGACACCUGCUCCGCACUGCCUGACAUCCAGUCCGGCUGGAAGACGUCGUCGCACCCGGAUCUCAUCCGCGGCACGGUCGUCACCUAUCAGUGUGAACCCGGGUAUGACAUCAUCGGCUCGGACAUUCUGACCUGCCAAUGGGAUUUGUCCUGGAGCAAUGCCCCUCCCACCUGCGAGAAGAUUCUAAACUGCGCGGACCCCGGGGAGAUCGCCAACGGCAUGCGCAGGGCCAUCGAUCCGCGGUUUCCUAUCGGCUCUCAUGUCCAUUAUUCCUGCAACGAGGGCUACACCCUGGAGGGCAGCGAGACGCUCACUUGUUACAACAGAGAUACCGGGACCCCCAAAUGGAGCGACCGCAUCCCCAAAUGUGUCUUGAAGUACGAGCCUUGCAUGAACCCCGGAGUUCCAGAGAAUGGAUACCAGACCCUGUACAAGCACCAUUACCAGGCAGGAGAGGCUCUGCGCUUCUUUUGUUAUGAAGGCUUUGAACUGAUCGGAGAAGUGACCAUCAUCUGCGUCCCCGGGCACCCAUCACAGUGGACCAACCAGCCUCCUCUCUGUAAAGUUGCAUAUGAGGAGCUCCUGGAUGACAGAAAGCUGGAAGUUGCCCAGACAACAGACCCAUCCCACCAGAUGGAAGGUGGGAACAUUGCGCUAGCCAUUUUCCUGCCCAUUAUAUUGGUCAUCCUUCUGAUUGGUGGAAUAUACAUCUAUUAUACCAAGUUUCAAGGAAAGUCUCUUUUUGGAUUCUCCUUCCCAGCUUCCCAUUCAUACAGCCCCAUCACCGUGGAGUCCGAUUUCAACAACCCAUUAUAUGAGGCUGGGGAUACCCGGGAAUACGAGGUGUCAAUUUGAAGAUGAACUAUGGGUACAACAUGGGGGCGGGUGGGGUUAUACAUGAGGGAUAUUCCAGAUUAUACACAGACUGAGGGUCUCAAUUUACAGAUCGCAAUCACAAGCUGCACAGUCCCUCACCGUGCGAUCGUCUGUCAUGUGACCUUUCACCAUCAGCCACAGAGUUCUAAACACCUGCCCUUCUCCUCAAAAGGAGCCACCGUCUUGGUCAAGACCACUAUUGGCUCCGGCUCCUUGAAAUAGCACAGGAAGCUCUUCUGACCAAUUGUAAAAAAAACAAAAUAAACAAAAAAAAACAAAUUCGAGUGCGGAAAUCAAUAGCUCACCAGGACAAAACGUACUUUUUGUUGUGCUGGGCGCUGAUUUCUAAGAAAACUGGCCUUUCGCGGGCCGUGUCUUUAUCGCUUGUGCUCACCGCUUUUUCUGUAACCCGCCGUGCUUUACGGCAACGUGAUGGAAACCCCUAUGUGAAGAAACCAUUGUGCUUGUGUUCCAAAUUUUUUGUAAGUGCCAAAAUUAGUCUUUUAUUUUCAUUUAAUAUUUGGAAGCACAACCCCUGUGUUGGGGGAAGUGUGCGUGCGUUUGGGCUUUUUAAAUCUUUCAAUUAUGUUUAUGGAAAAAAAAAAA